UCCACGCUGUCGCUAGUUUGAUGACGUAGUAAACGUACAGUUUGCGAACGUAAACUACACAGCAGCAACAUUGAAAUAAAUUAUCAGUAUUUUGGAGGUACUAGCUACGUUUUCUACCGUACGGAGCAUAUAUUCCGCCAAACAACACAAUCUCAUUUGUAUUUUAAGGAAUCGAUAAUUUUGGUUCAAGAUGUCGUACAUGCUACCACAUCUCCACAAUGGCUGGCAGGUUGACCAAGCCAUCCUGUCUGAGGAGGACCGAGUCCUCGUCAUCCGCUUCGGACACGACUGGGACCCAACAUGUAUGAAAAUGGACGAAGUUCUUUAUAGCAUCGCUGAAAAGGUGAAGAAUUUUGCUGUCAUUUAUCUGGUGGACAUCACAGAAGUGCCCGAUUUCAACAAGAUGUACGAGUUGUACGACCCCUGCACCGUCAUGUUCUUUUUCAGGAACAAACACAUCAUGAUUGAUUUGGGCACCGGUAACAACAACAAGAUCAACUGGACGAUGGAGGACAAGCAGGAGAUGAUAGACAUUAUCGAAACGGUGUACAGAGGAGCAAGGAAAGGAAGAGGUCUGGUGGUGUCUCCAAAGGAUUAUUCUACAAAAUACAGAUAUUGAUUUUUCUCUUUCUUCUUUUUCUUUUUUUUCCCCCCCCGAGUGUUCUUUUUAUGAUGUUUUGUGACACCACACAGAGACUACAAAUUGCAGAAGUCAAGGAAUAUCUUUGUCAGCGUUUUGGUUUUUCCAGUGAAAGAGGACAAUAUUUGCGCGAACAGUCAUGAUUGUGCCAUUUGUGUUUUCUGUGUUGUUCCUUGUGGUUUUUAAGACUUAUUUCCGUUGAACAAGUGCUGAACAGACCGGACACAACUCAUAUUUACAUGGAAUAAACGUGGACUUUUUGCACAGUAA